AUGUCGUCAGGAUCUAGUGAUACGGGGCACUCUGACGGCGUUUCAGCGUUUGGUUCUGAUGGCUCUACCAUAAGACAUUCUGAAACAUACUUUUCUGGUGUCGCCAGCGGAGAUUCACAGUCACCAAUUACUUCCAGAGAUUCGUCAUAUCUUUCAAACGAUGCCAGCGGUUUCAUACCACCUGUCCCAACAGCGUUACAUGGGACUAUGUCUGGUGAUAAAAAAACUAUUAAAUCUCAAAGUUUCGACAGUACGAACUUGUCCAGUGGUAAACAAAAUACGAUCAGCGAAAAUAUAGCGGAUGGAAAUUUGGUUUCAACAGAAUAUCGCGGAGCGGCUGAGGUUAUUGGUGGAACUGGUGCUCGGAAAUCAGAGUUACGUACUGAAAAUAGCAACACAUUUAAUAAUGAAAUAUCUGGUAAUAUUGGUGACGCUGGUGCACGGAUAUCUGGAUUACACGCUGAAAAUAGCAUAUCAAACAAUGAAAUGUCUGGUAUUAGUGGUGAUGCUCCUGCCUGGAUACACACUAAAAAUAUCAUCAGCGAGAAUAAAGUUGUGUCUAAUACUAUUAGUGAAGCUAGCGCACGGAAUCUUGGUCCUGGUCUUAGUAACGUCGUCAACGGAAGUGUGACCGCCAACGUAAGGCCCGAUGCAACUUUAAGCCCCGAAGGACAUAUGGUUAGAAAUAAAGACAACGAAAUCGUUGUUCAAAAUUCUGCAAAUCAUCAGUUCAUCAAGCCAGCUGACUCAGUUACGUAUCAGACAGACCGUGCUGCGGCAACGGAUGUACGAUCAUCAGCUACAGGUUAUUCUCCAGAGAUCACAACGACCACUAACACUGGUAAUAGAGGGUGGCAACAUUCAUCUACGUUCCAAUCCACGUCAUUUGUUACUUCUGAUAACAGCCACUCUGAUCCCUCUGUAACGAAUGGCGGAGAGUAUAUUACAAUGCAACCGGACUUGGCUGGAUCUGGCGUGAAAAGAUUAACGCAUUCUAGUUUCCAACAACCAGGUUCAGCUACACACCUAUCCAGUAAUGUGGUUUCAAACGGCUUACAAGAAAAUAUACAAGAUAGUACAUAUACGAACACUAUUCAUGAGUCCAGUACGGCAGGUUCAGUCGAUCCACCGACCACUGACAAUGCAGUGAAAGCUACUGAAUUUACCAAGAUGGCGUCUGGCAAGCAGGUAUCAACACAGAUGGUGAGAGUUGUUGACGUACCGAACGAGAUCCGAGAGCCACCAGACAUGGCCAAUCCGCCGGACUUCAACCAGCCAACGACAUCGGGGGCUUUAUUACACCGCGGCGAGCAAAACAGUGUUGAUAUGCAGUCAUUAGUAGCUUUUAGUGGAAUUCAAAGUACAACAGAUACUACCCAUCAACAGGAUACAACUGGGAGUACCUCAACGACUGGUGGAUUCAACAUGGCGGGAGAGAACAUGUCCAAUACAGGCGAAUAUCAAUCAAUGACUACAAGUGAUGUGCAUUCCUCCAUUAACACCGAAACAGGCGCCAGUGCUGCAGGUACAGGGGAUAUUCAUAUCAAUUACGCCGGACUUGGAACAGCUACUGCAUCAAGUAUUCCAGGCGACCGACCCUCGGAAACACUAGUGAAAUCUUCGGGUAACCAGCAUAAAGUGGACAUGGCCUCUCUAGAAGCACUGACAGAGGUUCGUAGUGUUAUGGAAACGCACCAUAAAGAUAUUACAGCCCAGAAUGAAGGAAUGGACAAAACUCAUAAUAACCCGGAGGUUUUCAUAGAUUCCCAUGUAAUGAAUUCUCAUGGGAGUGUCGACUCUCGAACUGGCGAUACUCAUAGCAUUGUAAACACUGACGCCGUCACACCAGGUGAUCAGCUGGCAACCAAUCAGCAGACGUUUGUUGACUAUCAUAGCAUGACCACUAAUGGCUCAUUUAUGAACACUUGGCCGGCUGACACCCAUAAUAGUACCAACUCCGCCGACCACUUGUCCACAAAUCAACAAACCUUUGUAGAAUAUCAUGAUGCGACUUCUGUUGGUACUAAUAACAAUAUGAACACCGGUGCAGUUAAUUAUCAAAUGAACAGAAACACGGGUUUACCAGCCGAUCAUUUGUCGUAUAAUCAACAGACUUUUGUAAAAUACCAAGACGCGACAGCCAAUGGUGCUCAUAUAGAUAUGAAUGCCGGUACAACCGAUUCCCACCUGAAUUCGAACACGGGUUCACAAGCCGACCAUGUACUUUCUAAUCUACCGAAUGUGGUAGAAUAUCAUGAUGCGACUACGAGUGGCACUCGCAUGGAUAUGAACGCCGGUACAUCCGAUUUACAAAUGAAUACAAACACUGGUGUACAUGCCGAUCAUAUGUCUACCAAUCCAGAGACCAUUGUAGAAUAUCAUGAUGCCACUACAAGUGGCGCUCAUUUGGAUAUGAACGCCGGUACAGCGGAUUCACAAAUUAAUACAAUGACGGGUUCACAGGCCGCCGAGUAUACGCCAUCUACUCAAACAAAUAUUGUAAAAUAUCAUGAUGGAUCUAUGGGUGGUAUUCAUACGAACACGGAGACAGUCAAUAUAGGGACUUCGUCCCCGGAUACAUCACCUGUGUUGGAUAGAUACACAACUGUCGAUUCCAGAACUGUUCAAAACUCUGACCCAGUUAUCCAGAACUUGAUCGACGUCCCUGCUUCUGAUCCGAAACGCUCUCUACAGGAGGGAACUAUGAAUGAAGUAAGCAUGACAAAACUCAGCAGUGAAGCGUCUGUUCAGCAUCCAGAGCAUUUUAUAGAUACAGGCAAAUCUAUCAGUUAUAUAGACAAUGUCGAAUCCAAUACUCCUACUGAAAAAGUUGGUGGGGGAAUGAAUACAAACAACGUAAAUACGUGGUCUACGCACACGAUUACACAAGUUCAUAAUUCAGCCGACACGUCACAAGGCCAAGGAGGUUCCGCAAAUGAGCUAGAUGUAUCCACAGGAAACGGAGCUGGCUCUAUCCCCACCGAGAAAACUAGUUUCCAUUCAGGGACAGAUAGUACUAGUCAUGGCAAACGUCCGAGUCACGCCGAAUCGACAUAUCAGCAAACAGACAUGAUAUCUGGACACGGAACAGAACCAGGUGGCAUCUUACAGACGACCCAAUACCAACGGGAUGCGAACAGAGUUGAUACGGAGUUCACACAAACAUCAUCAAAGCUAGGAGGUACGUUGUCAGGUCAGAGUCUUGAUACCGGCCUCGUAGAGCCCAGUAUGAACCCGGGUCAGGCCUUGGAAACCAACACCAGAGACUCAUCACACCGCCAAAAUGUCGUGGCGUCUGGACAUGUCGUCAAUACUGGUCCUGAGGAUUUAUCUCAAAAGACUGUAGCGUCUGGAAGGGGUGUUGAUUCGGGUCUUGUAGAAAUAUCCCAUUACAAAAUGGACCUCACAUCUGGGAAUAGCGUUGAUGUAGGACCUACAGAAUUGCCACAGCAAGGUGGCCCGAUGAUUGGUGACACCGGUACCAACGCCAAUGCUGGCCAUGUAGAUACGAGCAGUGCAUAUACCACUGAUUUUACUAUGGCUCAGGGAAAUGGGAAUACGGUGGAUAGAAUAAUGACGUCUUCAUCUAGUGUUUCAGAUACACAGACGAAUGUCGAAUACGGAUCGAACAAUAUACCGUUAUCGGAUAACAUUCAAAGACAGGCAGUUGAUAUGGCUUCUUUAAAUGCUCUGACAGAAGUUCGGAGCACCACUGGCACAUCUGGUACUGGUAUGGCGACAGAAAGUCCAUUCUCCAAUACCGAAGAACCACGGAACACACAGUAUGAUACAGGUAAUCAAUUUGAAACGACAGGUACAAGAACGACUCAAUUCGAGACAGUGGAAACGCUUAGUGGUCAAUUCGACACAACAGGAACACACACUGGCCAAGCUGAAAGUUUGGGAACAACUAAUAGUAAGAUGGGUGGACUAUCGGGCAAGCAUCUUGAAACAACAGGGACACAUGUUUCUCAAUUUGAAAGGACAGGAACGCCAACGAAUCAUUUCGAAAAUACAGAGUCAAAAACAAGUAAUUUUGAAAGUGCUGGAACGACCAGUAAUCUCUUGCAAUCGGGAGAGAUGUUGGGCAUUGAUACAACAACUGGAACACACGUGUCACAAUUCGAAUCGACAGGGACGUCCACAAGUCAUCUUGACAAUACGGGAGUACAGACAAAUCAUCUGGCAAAUUUUGGAACAGCCAACAACAUAUUACAGACAGGCGGAAUGUCGAACAAUCAGUAUGAAACAACAGGAACGACGUCCCAAUUUGAAGCUGCUGGAACACCAAGAAACCAGCUCGACAAAACCGGAGCACCAGUAACUCAGUUUGAAGCAAUACCUACCGAACAUUACGUUCGAUCACCAAGUGUUACAGAUACAGGGGAGGCCAUUAGUUCCCAUUUCGAUACUCACUACAAAAUUCCGGGAGUGGACGAGCAGUUAAAGGAUGGUAAUUCUGUUUCCAUGAAUUUUGGCAACACCGUAGAGUCAGUUGCAAUGUCUCCGGAUACAACAAAUGCAGGGAAUAACUUGGAUAUGCAAUCACAAUUGGGAAAUAAUGAUGCAAUGAUCACGCCAGAGUCUCAGAGAGUUACAUCACAUACAUCCGGCCAUCAGACCGACCCUUUAACAGAUCAGACACUACCCGGUACUUACGUCGCAUCAGAUACCAUAACACUGAGUGACCAGGAUGCUAUGACUAUAUAUACACUGAUCAAGCAACUAAUUGACCGGGCUGGUCGACCUGACCUUGUUCCUGUUCUUGACUCCAUUAUUGCCAGCGGAAAAGAUAUCGAUCGCUCCAGAUUGAUGUCUUUCCUAGAUACAAUAAGUGCACUGGUUAACAGAAGUCAGCUUCUUACAAUCACAAAUAUUAUGACAUCUGGUCGUAGUGGUGGAAAUAACCAAUUGGCUACUGUCGGAAACAGCCAAGCAAAUACAAGACAAACUGGUGCCGACACUGUGGUAAUGCAUUCGACUGGGGAUAAAUCUAGUAAGUUUGACAUUGUUAAUAACUCAGGUGGGUCGUCUGGAUCAGUCGUGACGACUGUCACCAAUCAUUUUGACCAACAAAGUUCCAGCGGUCAGCAAGCAAAUACAGACAUUGGCUCCACUGUGAUAUCAGGUGAUCAGGGUAUUGGCAAAUCAAACGCGGUUGCUUUUUCCAGUUCUGGAAAUACUAAUACACUUAAAACAGCAUAUGACACGUUAACAACCGACGCGAAUAUUGGCCGGUCAUCACAGGGACAUGCUGGGGAUGUCGGUAAUACAGAAAUAGCAGGUUCACAUACAUCAAUCAUAUGGGAAUCCUCAAAUGGGAACGUCGAAAAACAGCCUACGAGACAUACUUCAAACACUAUAACAUCCAAUUACCUCCCUACGGACUCACCCGGAACCGGAACUGGAGUUGAUACUACUCUGUCGGCAAUGCAUACUUCAUUUCAGUCAUCAACGUCUUCAGGUACAGCUACAUCAAAUAGCGAUGUAGAUAUUGGAAAGGUCGGCAACAAUUUCAUGUCCUCUAAUUCAUCCUUCGAAUCCUCAUCAACGGCAUCUGGUAACAACAUUGUUCCAAAAGAAAGAGAGACUUUCGUAAUUACUGGUAGCAGAUCUCAAACAGAAGAAACCGCUAGAACCACUUACAUUCCAACAACUAACAAUGUGCUAGGGAAUGAACAUCAGUCGACCACGACUAUAACAUCAACUAAGGGUAUUCAGGGAAGCAAUGGUCAGGUAACUUCUGAACCAAAUACUUUUUACACAACGCCAUCCGGUUUCAAUGCCGAGACUGCGUCUGAUGCUGGUAAUGUUAAUUCCGUAUAUGCACACAAUAAUUUCCUUCUACACAAACCUGAAUCGCCGGUUGGUACCGUUCCUGGUUCUAUGAGCAUAAUAGAGUCUAAAGGCACGGAUUUCGUCACUCACGACCUACCCCGGGGAGGCGGGUUUGUCGCUGUUGACAAAAGUCGUGUCGACGGAAACAAAUUGGUUGUCCCGGGAGCGCCAGAUGCAUCUCUUAGGACAGGAGUUGAUCAUUUCCUUGAAACACAAAGAGCGAUAAAUUCAUUGGAUUCAUUUACCUCAAAUAGUAGGUUAAAUACCGCGUCACCGUCGAAGGAGAAUUAUAUUGGAAUGACUGCAACAGGUAAUAGCGAUACCAUAUCCGGUGUUCAAGACGGGCAAUUUACCACUUUGUUCGAUGAAACUAGUUCCGGAGGCCAUACAAGUAAAAUCGGAAUCACGGGCGAAUCAACUUAUGUAAAUACUGGUGGUAAUUCACACAUACGGGGGUCUGGAUCAGUUGUCACCGAACAGUCAUCAAGUACAAGUGGAAAUGUAGGCAUACAUCGAUCACCGGCUCUCUCCUCCCAAACAGUUGAUUCCUUGGGAACAAUAGAAACUAGUCCAGUAGGUGGAAGUCAAUUUAAUUCCCGAUCAACACAAACGGAAACCGCAAUUCAAUAUCAUGGUGGAUCGACGCUGACAGAUAGUGGAAGUCAACUCGUCGGUGGAUCAAAAGAAACAGAAACCGGAAGUCAGUAUCAUGGUGGAUCGACGCUGACAGAAACAGUUAGUCAACUUGAUAGCGGAUCAACAGGAACAGAAACCGGAAGUCAAUACCAUGGUGGAUCGACGCUGACAGAUAGUGGAAGUCAACUCGUCGGUGGAUCAACAGGAACAGAAACCGGAAGUCAAUACCAUGGUGGAUCAACGCUGACAGAAACUGUUAGUCAACUUGAUAGCGGAUCAACAGGAACAGAAACUGGAAGUCAAUACCAUGGUGAAUCGACGCUGACAGAAACAAAUAGUGGAAGUCAACUCGUCGGUGGAUCAACAGGAACAGAAACCGGAAGUCAAUACCAUGGUGGAUCAACGCUGACAGAAACUGUUAGUCAACUUGAUAGCGGAUCAACAGGAACAGAAACCGGAAGUCAAUCGACGCUGACAGAAACAGUCAGUCAACUUGACGGCGGAUCAACAGGAAUUGAAUCUGGAAGUCAAUACCAUGGUGGAUCGACGCUGACAGAUAGUGGAAGUCAACUCGUGGGUGGAUCAACAGGAUCGGAAACCGGAAUUAAAUAUCAUGGCGGAUCGACACUGAAAACAACAGCAAGUCAACUUUUCGAUGAAUCAACAGGAACAGGAAAUCAACUAGUCGGCGGAUCAACAGGACCAGAAACCGGAAGUCAAUAUCAUGGUGGAUCGACGCUGACAGAAACAGUCAGUCAAAUGAACGGCGGAUCAACAGGAAUUGAACCUGGAAGUCAUUACCAUAGUGGAUCAACGCUGACAGAAACCGUUAAUCAACUUGAUAGCGGAUCAACAGGAACAGAAACCGGAAGUCAGUACCAUGGUGGAUCGACGCUGACAGAAACAGUCAGUCAAAUGAACGGCGGAUCAACAGGAAUUGAACCUGGAAGUCAUUACCAUAGUGGAUCAACGCUGACAGAAACAGUCAGUCAACUAGUCGGUGGAUCAACAGGAAUGGAAUUUGGAAAUCAAUACCAUGGUGGACCGACGCUGACAGAUAAAGGAAGUCAUCUCGUCGGUGGAUCAACAGGAAUGGAAACCGGCAGUCAAUACCAUGGUGGAUCGACGCUGGCAGAAACAGUAAGUCAACUCGACGGCGGAUCAACAGGAUCAGAAACCGGAAUUAAAUAUCAUGGCGGGUCGACACUGAAAUCAACAGCAAGUCAACUUGUCGGUGAAUCAACAGAAACCGGAAAACAACUAGUCGUUGGAUCAACAGGAAUUGAACCUGGAAAUAAUAACUAUGGUGGAUCGACGCUGACAGAAACAGUCAGUCAACUAGUCGGCGGAUCAACAGGAAUGGCAUCUGGAAGCCAAUACCAUGGUGGAUCGACGCUGACAGAUAGUGGAAGUCAACUCGUCGGCGGGACAACAGGAACAGAAACCGGAAGUCAAUACCAUGGUGGAUCGACGCUGAUUGAAACAGUUAGUCAACUCGAUGGCGGAACAACAGGAAUUGAAUCUGGAAGUCAAUACCAUGGUGGAUCGACGCUGACAGAUAGUGGAAGUCAACUCGUCGGUGGAUCAACAGGAACAGAAACCGGAAGUCAGUAUCAUGGUGGAUCGACGCUGACAGAAACGGUUAGUCAACUUGAUAGCGGAUCAACAGGAAUUGAAUCUGGAAGUCAAUACCAUGGUGGAUCGACGCUGACAGAUAGUGGAAGUCAACUCGUCGGUGGGUCAACAGGUAUGGAAACCGGAAGUCAAUACCAUAGUGGAUCGACGCUGACAGAAGCAGCAAGUCAACUCGACGGCGGAUUAACAGGAAUUGAAUCCGGAAGUCAAUACCAUGGUGGAUCGACGCUAACAGAAACAGUAAGCCAACUCGUCGAAGGGUCAACAGGGACCGGGAGUCAGUUUAAUGGUGGGUUAGCUCAAACGGAAACAGGAAUUCAAUAUCAUGGCGGGUCGACAAUGACAGAAACAGGAAAUCAACUCGACGGCGGAACAACAGGAACUGAACCCGGAAGUCAAUAUCAUGGUAGAUCGACGCUCACAAAAACAGUAAGUCAGCGGUUCGGCGGACCAACAGGAACUGAAACCGGAAGUCAGUAUCAUGGUGGAUCGACUCUGACAGACACGGGAAAUCAACUUGUUGGAGAAUCAAUAGGAACCGUACAUUCAUCAAGUACAAGUGGAAAUGUAGACACAGUUCAAUCGCCGGCUCACUCCUCCCAAUCAGUCAAUACCGUGAGAUAUACAGAGGAAACCAGGACAGUGGCCGAAGGUAAAUCACCGAGUGGUUCGGGUGGUUCAACAUUGGUCGAAUCUGCAGAUCUAUUAAAUAGUGGGAAUCGGCUUCCUGUAAGUGCACCCCUCACAGAUCAGCGAGGCGACUCAGUACUGUUUGAAACGGGAAGCCAGCAGAGUAUCGAAUCAACAAAAACAGAUACAGGAAAUUCGGCUCAAGGACAACCACAAGUAGCACUAAACGAGGCUAAUAGGGUCUCAAUUGAAACUCGACGAGUAAGUGUAAGUGGGAAAAGUGCUUUGCCAAAAACGGAGGCGUUUAAGUCACAUAUUUCUUCCGAUGUUGGGGGCACAAUGCACGAUACCUUGGCCAGUGGCAAUGCCGUGAUGCAAGAACACUCCCUUUUCACGGGCAACGGUGGCGGCAUAGCAGACAUGAAUACAAACAUGUUGGAGUUCGUACCAAGGGAAAACUCCCACACAUCGUCCAACUCCAUCUCCGUCAAGACCGCACGUACUGGUUAUUCAGUAUUAGAUGGAGGUAGUUCGUUGAUGCCUGGCUACAGUAAUAAUGAGUUUCAAACUGUGGUUGGUGCAGACAUGCAUAAAAAUAUGCUUGAAACUGCCCCAACAAGUCCUAUGGUAGGAGGAGGCCGGGUGUCAGGUGGGGAAUAUCUUACGGGGGCAGAAGGUUCGUUAAAUAACGGUUCAGCGAUAACAGAAACCGUCAAUCAAUUUCAAAGCGGAUCAACGUUAACAGAAACCGGAAGCCAGUUGACAGGCGAACCAACAGAAGUAACCAUGGGAAAUCAACUGGCAGGUGGAUCAACAGGAGCGGAAGCAGUAAUUAAAUACCAUGGCGGAGCGACGCUUGCAGAAGGUGGAAGUCAAGUCGUCAGCGGAUCAACAGAAGCAGGGAGUCAGUUUAAUGGCGGAUCAAUGAAAAUUGAAACCGGAAGUCAAAAUCAUGGCAGAUCGACGUUGAAAGAAACCGGGCAUCAACUGGUCGGCGGAUCAACAGGGAUUGAAUCGGGAAUUCAAUAUCAUGGUGGAUCUACAGAAAGAGCAGGUCAAGUCCUCGGCAGAUCAACGGGAACCGGGGGUCGAUUUAUUGACGGAACAAAACAAAUGGACACCGGAAAUCAAUAUCAUGUCGGAUCGACGUUGACAGAAAUAAAAACUGGAUCUACGGUUACAAAAGGUGAAAGUCAACUGGUUGGCGGAUCAACAGGUACAGGUAGUCAAUUAAAUGGCGGAUCUACAAUGAUAGAAUCAGGAAGUCAACUGGUCGGCGAAUCAAUAGGAGCGGACCCAGGCAGUCAAUAUCAUGACGGAACUACGCUGACAGAAACGGGAAUUCAACUUGUUGGCGAAUCAACAGGAUCGGGGAGUCAGUUUACUGGUGGAUCAGCAGACAGUAGUCAUUUUACUAGUGGCUCAGCUGGAAGUCAUCUCGUCGGAUCAAUAGGAUCGGCGCUAACAAAAACUCAUUCCAAUAGCGGAUCAACAAUGACGGGAACUGGUAGCCAACUUAAUGGCGGAUCAAUAGAAAUUUCAAAACUAACAGAAGUUUUAUCAGGUCGGCUUGCUGGUAGUUCAGUAAGUAAUGAGUUGGGUGGUCAGUUCGGUGGAGAAGCGCUGAGCAUUACAUCUAAUCAAGGAGUAAGCAAUACUGCUUUUGGAUCAGGUUCUCUGAACGGAGGAGUAAACAGACUUGACGGAAAUAAAGAGGGAACAGGUUCGACUAAUAUCAGGACUUCGUUUAAGACUACUCAAACAGUUGAGUCCAAUGCACAAGCGGAUACACUCCCCGUUAACUCCAUCAAUUCUCUUGGUUAUGAUAUUGGAACACCAAACAGUUUGGGUAAUGGGAUGGAAAACUCCUAUGCUAAAUCUUCCGGAAAUAACGUGCUGUUUAGGGAGGGCAUCAUUCCAUCAACUGCUGGCUCUACAUCCUUUGGUAAUGCAUGGAACGGCGAACAAAGCCGCGGACUUCACGACUCGGUCAAUGGUGGCACUAGAGUGAUAACACAAACCGCUUCGGCGAGGACAUUAAAACCAUCCUCUCUUUCAGAUCUACCACCUCCACCACACAGUUUUCUUAUUCCUGAACCAGUACAUCACCUGCUAGUAAAAACCCAAAGAACAUCUACCCGAUCGUCUUUGCCCACCUCUUCCACUUUCGUGCAACCGUCUUCCGGUAGCAGUUUCGAUAGGGUCUUUGGAAAUGGUGCAAAAGCUAGACAACAGAAUAAUAAAGAAAAUGUACUUAAUACAAAGACCCAAAUAAUCACAAAAUCGCCAUCAUCUUCCCAGUCCAGCUGGUUAGAUAAUACACUCGGCAGCGGCCUCCAAGCGCCAAGUUCUAAAACUGCAGAGGGGGUUAUUCGGUCGUCCUCGUCCUCGUCCUUUAAUACCGGCAGUUCCUCCACCCCACAAAAAAAUACAGAUUCGAACUUAUUAAGGGAUUUUAUAAGUCGCCGGCAAUUACUGUCUAACGCCCGAGCUCUGGCAAACGUUGGAAUCUUAAGAGGAGGCGCAGCUGAUAUAAGUAGUAUUCUCAAGAGUUUUGCUGAUGCUGGUUCAUCUAACACAAUUCUGUCGGGGCGGACACGAGCUAAAACUGCUGUCUCUCUCGAUUCACCAAUGUCCGUCAAGUCGCUUGUGACAUCGAGGUCAACACAUAACCAGUUCAAUAGCCCGGCCAGAUCUACGGCAGAACGAGUACGUCUCGAAAAUAUCUUAAAUGGAAGAAUGACUACAAACAUUCCGUCAUUGACUUCCAAUAUGGUGUCGGCGUCUCCCACUGAAUAUGUAGGAACUACUAAGACUUCGUCAAGAUUUACCACAUCGGGUCUUCCGCCGAUUACGUCUGGACUGAAUUCUGUUAUGACUGCCCUGAUGAAGAACGGCCCUGGCAUCCCGGCCCAGAACCUUGGCGGUAGUGUAAUUGGUAUAUCUGGGAGUAAAGCAAGCGGCGCUGAUCUUUCCUCUAAUGGAAUACAAUUAUCUGGUGUCGAGAGCGCUACCAGUGCUGGAAAAAAUUUCCAAAUCUAUGGAAGUCAGAAUAACCCCGAUAUUAUAAAGCAGCAAGAAGGGAGUAGCAGUCUAACCGGAAGUGGGGGAAGCGGUGGAAUAGCUUUAACUAACGGGGGAAGCAGCUGGCGUUCUGGAAACGUUGACAGCUUAAGUGCAGUAAAUCAAAACUCCGGUGGAAGUAAAUUUACUGACCUCAAAACAAUAAUGGGGACUACAAAACACGAAAAUGUUGGCAGGACUACGACCACAACUACACAGACGAAGAGCGGAAACUUAGGAGGCAGUGGGGGCUCUACAACGACUAUUACAACAAGAACCACUAACUCUCCCGGGUCUGCAGCAUUCCACAAAGGCGGUACACUAGCGAAUGCUGGUCUUAGCUCUGACGGCUUCCAGUUCACCGUAUCGUCUACGACUGUCAUUUCGGGGCAAGAAUCACAAUCUGUUUGUCCAGGUCAAAGCCUGAUGUGUGGGGCAAAAGGAGACUUUAGUAAUACCAUUGGCUCCAACCUAUGGUGUAUAAACAGUUGUCUCAUCGACAGACGCAUGUGCAGAAGUGCAAAAUGUGAGUGUAGCUGCACGACAACACUGAGAUAUUUGCAGCAGGUCGGUGGAAUUUCCAGCACAAUUUCUGGUGGGUCUUCUGGGAGUGGAUUGCUGAAUAGCGGCAGUCGUGUGUUCGAAUCAUCGCGCUCUUUCCAGACACAAAAUCCGUUUGGAAACAUUAAAUCGUUCAGAAAAUCUGGUAGAACAGCAAUUCCGCUGGGAACUGCAAACUCUGUCCGAACGACAGAGACGUUCAAGACGACUAAGUCGUUUGGAAAUACCAAAAGAUCUCCAGCAUUGCAGAAUAGUUUUGGUAACGGAUUCAGUGGUAGCAAUAUCUUCCAUUCAUCAGUAAGUGGAUCGAGUAGAGGUUCAGUUGUCGGAGGUUCGUCCUCGUCUUCUGGGAAAAGGCAGAAAUCCUCCGGAAUAACAAUUUCCUCGGGACAGCGAAUGGUGUGUAAGGGUAAAGGCGCAUUCGAAACGGUAGCAGGUAUGGUCUCCUGGUGCGAAACUAAAUGUUCCAUGACCAAGGAUAUCAAAUGUCAUCCCAACACGUGUGAAUGCUCGUAUGUGACAGGAGGUUAA